AGUAGAUAUACUGGCAGAGAAAGAAUGGUUCUGUAAAAUGAAUAAAGAUUCAAACUAUAACACAUGUCUUGUGGAGGAGGAAGACACAGAUAAAUAUGAUAAAAUGGCGCUAACUGUUGGUCUACAAUAUAUUAAAUCAGAAUUUUGGGAAGGUUGUUUGGUGUGGGCCAAGAUGCCGGGGUAUUGUAGUUGGCCGGCAGUUGUAACAAGAAGUUUAGAAACGGAUGAUUUUUGUCAUCGUAAUGAAAAAGAUGAACCGAUCAUGUAUCAUGUUGAAUAUCUGGGUAAAACACACUCUCGUGGCUGGAUCAAGAGAGCAGCAUUAAAAAUGUUUUCUGAAGGAAGGUUUGAGGAAGAUCCAACUCAGACGCAAACAACAAAGAAUAAGAAGGGAAAGAAAAAGGCGUGUGUUGGUAAAAAUUUAAAAACAACAUUUAAAAAAGGAGAGACGGUAGAAGCAGCUUUAGAUGAAGCCAUAAAAAUGAUACCACUUUCUUACACUCAGAGAUUAGACAAAUGUAUAUUUAAAUAUACGUAUAUUGAGGAAUGCAGCACCGAAGACCCUGCAAAGAACAAAACGAUAGCCCCGUUUACAGAAAGCAAGAGCAACACCAAGGCAACCGAGAUCAAAGGGACAGUUGAAUCAACAGAGGUGAAACCACAACUAAAGAACACUGAAUUAAAUAAUACACAUAGUGAACCCAAAACUUGUGUGUCUUACAAUACUACAGAAAAUAAAACUGCAAAUGACCCCAGUAAACAAAAAGCCAUUGACUCACAGAGCAAGAAAAAUACAGAGUUGAAAUCUGACGAGAAAGAUGUAAAUAUUGAACCGCCCGUGUCCGUUGUUCAAUUUGAUUUUGAUAAUUCACUUUUAAAUAAAACGAAAGAAGAGAGAUAUUGUCUUGAUGUUGAGAUGUAUACGAAAAAUGAGAGGGCAUUUGAACACGAUGUAUUGAGAUUUCUGAUGAGGAACGAUAUUAAGUAUAAAGGUUUACCUAAAAUGCAGAAUGCACCAGAAUCUAUGUUCCAGAUAUAUUUAGCUGUACAUGAAAGAGGUGGAUAUACAGAAGUGUGUAAAAAGCGACAGUGGAUGACAGUUUGUAGAGAGGUAGUUAACACGCAUAUCAUAGGAAGUUCUUCAAACUGUAUCAAAAAUUUCUAUGAAAGAUAUUUAUAUCCGUAUGAAUUGUAUAUAAAAGGAGAAGAUUUUGCCUCGUAUAUCAAGGAUUAUAGUAAUAAGAAAACCGUGAGGAAGAAAGGAAGUAUACCACCCCCACCUACUGUUGAUCAGUCGAGUACAGAUAGUAACAAACAGUUGUUAAUUACAGCCAGUCCUAUACAAGGAUUGCCAGUUUCAGAUACGGCGGGAAAUUUUGAAUUAUUAUCCGAGUGUUCUGCUGAUAUUCAAGAAAUGUUGGAUAACUUGGAGAAAGAGGAAAGUUUAUGUGGUCUAGAGGAGGAUGUGACGGCAGCUAAGAAUAAACUUGGUAUAGAUAUAACAUUUUUUGAUGAAAGUCCACCAGUUAAAGACGAUGUUAAAACACCAUCAGAAUUUGAGGAGGCAGAUUUACCAAUUGAAUCUGCCCAAGAAGUACCUGAAUAUGAAGUGAGUGAUCCUAUGAGCGACAUGGAAAGUCAGGAGGAAUUAUUCCAUGAGAUGCAAGCCCUACAAGAUGGUAUGGAGAUGAUAGAUAACGUCCUUGAACAAUUAUGAUAAUUAUAAAUUAAUGUAGAAAUAUUUAUUUUCUUAUUUAAUCCAUGAAAUGGAAGAACUUCAAGAUUAUAAUACUUAAUUGCAGUAAUAUUCUUAUUGGCUAUAUUAUACUUG